AUUUGCUGUUCUUCAAGUCCAACUGUAACACCAAGUUCUGGUAGCAGUAGUUCUUUAUCACCUCUUGGACCUCUUUGUAGACAGAGAUCAUUAGCAAAUGGCAUUUUGUGUUCUGAGUCUAGCACAUCAGGUGUUUCUCCACCAACAUCUAGCUAUCCAAAAGCACCAGGCUUUGAACGAGAAGAUCAGGCAAAGCAUCAAAGCUUCCCAGCUGAGAAUCAGCAGAAGAUAAAUGAUCAAGACAACAAGCAGAACCAUCUUAGUGUUUUUUCAGUGGUUAACCCGCUUGCUUCAAGUAUAACUUCCAGUCUGGCCUCCAGUGUUGGAUCAGAUAGUUCAUCUCCUACAACUCUCUCUGCUAUCAGUGCCAAAGCUCUGCCAUUCUAUUCUGGCAGUAACACAGUUGAAUCACUACUAGGUUCUACUUUAGAUUUGCAUUUUAAUGAUGUGAACGUCGCAUCCAUAGAUAGAGAAUUAGAAGAUCAAGAAGCCAGUGACCUUGGAUUAGCAAGUCAAAGAUUGCUGGAAAGUUCAGCACCUGUCAAUAUUCCAGGUUCUCUUGUUCGUUCCUCAUCUUUACAUUCAUCGUCAUCCCUUUCAACCUCUCCACUCGGUUCUCUUUCACAAUCGCUGUCUCAGUCUUUUGUUUCAUCUACUACGGCUCCUCAGCACCAGCAGCUUUACCCUUUGAAGACAGAACAUAGUAUGUUAGGCACCUCGGCUUCUUCUCACAACUCUUUAGGUUUAAAUGGUGUUACAGGGAGCAUUUGGGACUUUGUAACUGGGAGUUUCUCUCCUAGUCCAUCCCCAGUACUAAGCAGUGGCACUACCCCCUCAAUAAGUUCAAACACCAGUGGGAAUGAACUGACUCGAGUUAGACAGGAACUUGAUGAUGCCAAGAGAAAACUAAAACAAUGGGAAGAAUAUUGGCAACAAGUAAAACAGGCGUGUGAUGCAUGGCAGAAAGAGGCUCAAGAAGCAAAAGAACGUGCUAAUAUCGCAGAUGCAGACAAAGAACUCGCUCUUCAGAAGAAAGAGGAAGUGGAAAAAAAAUUUAAAAAGCUGAAAGCACAAUUAACUGCUUGUGUAUCUACUACAUUACCUUAUAUGAAAAACUAUGGAGAUAUAGAAAAGAUAUCCUUGCCAAAGCUUCGUUUCUUACAAAAUCAGCUGCACUUAGAUUUAGAAACAGUAGAUGAGGUGAUUUUUCAGCUUCAGUCAAAGAAGUGUAUCGUAUGUCAGGAAGGUGAUCAUAGCAUUAUCCUGAAUCCGUGUCAACAUUAUGUACUUUGUGAUCACUGUGCGGCUGCACAAAAAGAAUGUCCCUGCUGCAAGAAAAAAACAAAUGUGUGGUGGAGGACAGCCAAGCGACUGGGGUUACAGAAGAGGAAGAGAGAGAAGGAGAAAGAAGCAUCUGAAUUGGCAAAUUCUCCUGGCAGCAUUGAGUGGGUGAGAGCUGCGCCCAUCUGUAUUUUAUAUAGCUACUACUUUUUUCGAAGCUGGCGCAUGCGCAGUAGCAUCGUUUCCGACGCACUCGCUACUGCCACUCGGCGACCGAAUUUUGAUACUGCAGCUUUUUGUCGGCACAUGCGUAAUAGCGUUGUUUACACGUAUGGCUGUUCCCUAGCGACUACUCUUUAA